GUAGGCGAGAGUUGCUGUCGCUCCGAGGAAGCUUAGAUGCUCAGUGCCGCCUCACGUACUCUUGCGAGCAGACCCACACCAACUUAGCCACCAUGGGCAAUCCCAAAGUCUUUUUCGACAUUGCCGCUGACAACCAGCCCGUUGGCAGGAUCGUCAUGGAGCUCCGCGCCGACGUGGUCCCCAAGACGGCCGAGAACUUCCGGUCGCUGUGCACGGGCGAGAAGGGCUUCGGCUACAAGGGCUCGUGCUUCCACCGCGUGAUCCCCAACUUCAUGUGCCAGGGCGGCGACUUCACCGCCGGCAACGGCACGGGCGGCAAGUCCAUCUACGGCAACAAAUUCGAGGACGAGAACUUCGCUCUGAAGCACACCGGCCCCGGCAUCCUGUCCAUGGCCAACGCCGGCCCCAACACCAACGGGUCGCAGUUCUUCAUCUGCACCGUCAAAACCUCCUGGCUGGACAACAAGCACGUGGUCUUCGGCACCGUGGUGGAGGGCAUGGACGUCGUGCGCCAGGUCGAGGGCUUCGGCACGCCCAACGGCUCGUGCAAGCGGAAAGUGGUGAUCGCCAACUGCGGCCAGCUGUAAAGUCUCAGAACAUUCCGCCUUAGCCGCCCACAGUUUUUUUUUCUGAUGUAAUUGAGGAUCCAGGAUAUAAUCUUUGCUGUAUUGGCACUUCAGUGUUAAAUUUCGGCUUGAAAAUUUAAUGCUAUAUAACGUAAAGGUGGUGAAACAGGAUAGGUGUUCUUCCAUUUUUUUUGUUUUAUUAGUUUCAUAAGUGGUCAUGUUCUGGAAAUGUUGACGCAUUAUGCUGAUAUUCAGCAUUUCGUCUUCUCACUUCAUCAAUAAAUCACCAACAACC